GUCAUAUAUGACAACGAUCGUCUAACAGCUGAUUUUGACGUUGUUUGUUGAAUGUUUUCAAGUGUAUUACAACCCAAUACAUGUACACUCCGUCAAAUACACACAACGUCAAAAAAUCAUUAACAUAAUAACAACACAUGGUAGCGACGGUGCGUUGGAACACGACAAACUCAUUUUGGGCGGACAAAUUUUCAAUUUUUAUUUGUGAUCGAAUUAAUUUAAUAAUAAUUUUCUGUUUUUUUUUUUUCUAAAAAAAAUUAUUUUUGUAAAUAUUUCUGCCAACAAGAUAAAAUGUAAUAAAAUUGUGUGAAGCAAAUUUCGAGUAGUGUUAAUGUAAACAAAUCGACUGACAUUGAAAAUGUCAUAUAUAAAUAGUUUCCAAUGAACACUAAAAAGCACAAUUUUAUUCAAAUGAAGUCAAUCCAAUGGAAAAUAUAUGAUUAAAUCGAUUUGAAUGACAUUUUACCGACGACAAAAAGUGUUCGCCGGUUUUAAUUCAUUAUUUUGACGACUGAGAUACAUGCUCAGGACAUUUUUUUUAUAUUAGAGAUAUUUCGUCUUUUGUACCUGAAGAGAAGGAGGAUUUGUAGUUUAAGAAGCAUAAUCAAAUCAUAGCCACAAUGAAGGUACCGUUGGCUAUUCUGGGAACAUUUCUGGGCUGCUGUUCAAAUGUUAUUUUUAUGGAAUACAUGAUCAAGUAAGUAGUAGAAAAACACUGUGUACAACAAUGCGGAAACCACACAACAGUGCUUGUUUGUAUUGGAUGUCUAAUACGGGGUUUAGACAUUGUCCAUACCGUAACACCAUGCAUUUUUUAUGAGACCGGUUGAGAAUUGAUCAUCGAUUGAAUUGAUGAAUAUAAUUGGAUGCACGAAUUAGCGGAGCUGCCUCUAAUUGGUGUGGCCUUAAAUUUGAAUCGAAAUGGAUCCAGGAUCGGGUAAUCUAGUUUCAUUUGCUCAAUUUGCGUUCACCGCCCUGGAAGGGUUUAUAUUCACCUUGAAGUUUGGCACACAAUCGCUUCGCAUCGAUUACAAAAGUUACGUGGUUCUAGUUGGAAUGUUCUUUGUAGCACAUACUUGCAAUAAUUUUGUAUUUGACUUCAACAUCCCCAUGCCGUUACACAUGAUUAUUCGAUCGGGUUCGUUGAUUGCAAACAUGAUAAUGGGCAUAAUCAUCUUAGGCAGGCGUUACGCUUUCUCCAAAUAUUUAUCCGUUUUAAUGAUAACAUUGGGCAUUUUUAUUUGUACUAUUGUGUCUGGAAGUAAUAUUAAAAGUACCGUCAAUUCGGAGCUGUACCCGGAGGACACAAAUGACUACUCGGUGUUUUUCUGGUGGGUGUGUGGCGUUUCACUCCUUACUUUCGCAUUGUUCAUAUCGGCUCGAAUGGCGAUUUAUCAUGAAGAUCUGUACAAACGCCAUGGUAAACAUCCUCGUGAAGCACUUUUUGUCACACAUUUGAUGCCACUGCCAGCAUUUUUACUAUUACACAACAAUAUUGCAGAGCAUAUGGCGAUAGCGAGUGCCAGUGAACCGGUCGCCGUUCCCGUAUUCGGAGUGUCGAUUCCGGUUCUAUGGCUUUAUUUACUUGCAAAUUGUUUGACACAAAAUUUAUGCCUUAAUUCGGUGUUCGUAUUAACAACCGAAUGUAACUCAUUGACCGUCACAUUAGUCGUAACACUGCGGAAAUUCAUAUCAUUACUGUUCUCAAUUGUUUAUUUCAAGAAUCCGUUCACCAUUUACCAUUGGUUUGGUACAGCAUUAGUUUUCAUCGGUACAAUGAUUUUCACGGAAAUUUUCCCAUUAUUUAGAAAUAAACCGGCCACCGAAACAUACACCAAAGACGUCAACGGUGGCAGUACAAAAUUGAAAGAAAAUUAAUUUAUUUUUUAUUUACUUUUUAUUGUGUAGAUGCAAUUAGUCAUAAGACGUUUUUUUAAAUUAUUAUUUAUUUAUUUUUGCUGUUUACAUGGUGUUAUUGAAUAUCCAAAAUGUAAAAAAUGUUGAGAAAAAAUUUCGACUGUAUUAAUGCCACUUAUAUGAGUCAGUCUAGCUUGCUCAAUUUACUGUAUCUUAACAUUUAAAUUUUAUUAAAUUAUUUUCUAAAAAUAAAUUGGGCAAAAAUGUUAACUUUCUGUAUAUUUGACAAAGCACAUAUUGAUGGUAUCAAUUUGAUGCUAUUAAGAACAGCUUUUAGUUACCAAUAAAACCCGAUCAAAUAAUGCUGAUCACCAAUAGGGCAGGGCUAUGGGCGAUCCAACAUUACUUGAAUGGUCCCAUAUUAUUAACUCCCAUUGGUGAAUUGGACGGUAUUCCCAAUUUCAUAAAUAGACGCUCUGACUUUUGUCUUUAAUAGAUUUUUGAAAUUUUCGAUUUUUUUCCCAUCUAAUUUGCCUACCCUGAAUAUCAGUUUAUUUUUAAAAUUAAAGAAUCUCAUAAUUUUUUUUUUGUAAUUUUUUUUUACUAAAAAUGAAAAAUUUACAAUCUUGAAAAAAUGUUACCAAUUGUAUCGACGACUUUUUUUAUAAAAUAUGCCAAUACCCUGUACAAUUUCAACCACCUGUUCGCACCUGUUGAUUUAGUUAUUUAUUUUUACUACACAUAUGUUUGACGUCUAGAAAA